UUCAGAGCUUCCGAAAUAACUUGAACUUGAAAUGGAUACAUUUUUAAAGUUUAAUUCUAAUAAAUCGAACAAACAGAUUGAGUGUACUCUACUUUAGUGAGGAUUUCGAAUAAAACUAACAAACCAAAGAAACCUUUUAAUAAUUAUGGCCAUUGUAAACACGUCUUUUGAAUAUGUCAAAAACAUAUGAUAUUUAUCAACAACGAAUUAUUAAGCUUAUUUGUAUACAAGAAUGUCUAAAAGAAUUAUGAACAUAAAGGAAGUUCCACAUGGAGGAGGAUUGUGUAUAAGAAGUUUAAAAAAAUCAAUACCUGAAGUAAACAUCCCAAAAACGAAAAAUUUUGAUUUUGCCAAUGCUAUAGAGUCAGUUUAUCCUCUUUUAGAUAUAAUUUUAAGUUUUCUUGAUUAUAAAGAUUUAAUAAAUGCAUCUCAAGUUAAUAAAGCUUGGAAAGAAGUAGCAGAUAAAAUUUUAUUAAAACGAUGUGACCCCAGUUGGUUUACUUGUUACAAAAUAAAAGGAAGUAAUAUUUUAAAAUACAGUGAUAAUCUAAAUAAAAAUAAUAUUGGUAUUGGGAUUAUCCUCUAUAACAGUAGAAGAAUAAAAUUAACCGACUAUAUUUGUAUUCAUCGAGAAAUUUCAAUCAUAUCUUUAAAACCAGUUGCAGAAUAUAUAACGGAUGAACUUAUACCUCCAAACAUAGAGUAUUGCCUAAUAUCUUGUCCAAGAGUUGUUUCUCAGUUCCCAAUAAAAGAAAAAGCACUGCUUACUUCAACUUUUGAUGGACUAAUUUUACCCAAAAUCCCAAAUGUACAAACAACUAUGUUUCAUUGUAACCCAGUUAAAAAAUUAGAUAUUAAAAAUACAAUUGAUAAUUUUAUAAAACCAAAUCAUGAAGUAAAAUGUAUUUUAUUGUUUUGUAAAAAUGAUUUAAGGAAAUCCAUAUAUAAUUUGUUGGAUGCUCUUGUACCUGGCCUUAAUCCUUUAGCAGCAGCAAUUGGAGGAGGAAUAAUUAGAGGAACAAAAACGUUUCAAAAUCAAAAAAAAGUAUUUUCGCUAAAUGAUGUAUUUUGUAUAGCAUUUACAAAGGAAAAGGAAGGAAAAUGUGAUUUCAGUGCAUUUUCAGUUGUUAUAAGUGGAGAUGAUCUUUCAAAAGAAGAAUUUGAAGCAGAACUGAUUAAAUUUAGGAAAAAUACUGAGUUAAGGUCACACAGUGCAGCAUUCAGGAUUUGCUGCUCUGCAAAAGUUGAUACGGAUGAGGAACUUGAUUUGUUUGAGAAAGUUUUUCCAAAUGUUCCUCUUUUAGGAAUGGAUGCUGAUGGUGAAAUAGGCUGGAACUGUUACAACAAUGUGGAUCCAGACAGUUGGACCAGACCCAACCAAUCAGGAUCUAAAAGAAUGAAGAAAAAUUACCCUGUGGUGCAGCACCAAUGGUCCACUGUGUUAGUGUUGUUAACAUGGGGAAACCUUGUAACCAAAUGAACCAAAUUUUUAUAAGAACAGU